AUGGCGACGGUAGAUCCCGAAGCUUUGUCUAAAGCCUUCGUUGCCCAUUACUACAAGGCGUUCGACCAGAACCGGGCCGCGCUUGCCAAUCUGUACCAGGACCCGUCCAUGCUCACCUUUGAAGGCCAGAAGUUCCAGGGCCCUCAGCAGAUCACCGCUAAGCUAACCGGCUUGCCUUUCCAGCAGUGCCAGCAUCAUGUCUCCACCGUCGAUUGCCAGCAAUCAGGCCCUGCUGGUGGGAUGCUUGUUUUUGUCUCCGGCAAUCUUCAGAUAGCCGGCGAGCAGCAUCCGCUCAAGUUUAGCCAGAUGUUCCACCUAAUGCCAACACCUCAGGGCAGCUACUUUGUGCUCAAUGACAUUUUCCGGCUGAAUUAUGCAUAA